CCCGCGUGGUGAGAUGCUCCCUAGAGGCCUAGCUCAUCAACCCCCCUUAAGUUCUCGACAGUUGACAGGAGGUGAAUCAUGGAGCUGAUUGUGAGAAUCGAUCUUAUAAGUUGGAUGGUCUAACGUUAUCUCUUUGAGUCCUUCAUAGUGCCAAAACUAUCUACCGCUACAUAUCUUUGGCGACAACUGUGACAUUGGAUUCUCAAAUAUCCCUCGGAACACUCGCCGGUCCAUUCAGGCUUUGUUUUCUUCUUUUUUUCUCUGCAUAACCGCUAUACUUAUACUCCUUUAUCACCUCCCCUAAGCCAACGCAAUGACUGUGCGAGAACAAAACUAUCCCGCAUCGCCAACGCAGACUCCAGUUCCACUGCCUGACCGGACGCGAGACAUCACCAUCGAACCGAGCCAACAACAAGCAUCGCAGCCAAAGACAGGCGACAGACGAUUCGCACAACCAAAGCUCCGGCUCAAGAUUCAUGAUCUCGGCCACCCCGGUGCUGCCAAGUUUCUUAACGCUGUCAAUGCAGCCACCGUGGUCUCCGCAGCCGUAGAAAAUGUCUUGCGACUGCUCUACAGGUCGCCCUCCGACGGAGACACAACCGUCCCGCCAACCCGGUCUGUUACGAUUGUCCUUCGUGACAUGGGCGGUGUCGCGUACACAACCGGGACCGAUUUGGACGACGACCACAAAGCGAUCCAUUUCUCCCUCAACUACAUCAACUCCAUUAGCCCCGCCUCACGUCUCAAGGAUGAGAUCACCGGCGUCAUCACGCACGAGCUCGUCCAUUGCUACCAGUGGGAUGCACAGGGUACCUGUCCGGGCGGGCUGAUCGAGGGCAUCGCCGACUGGGUGCGGUUGAAUUGCAAUCUCAGUCCGCCGCACUGGAAGAGAGAGACAGGAGGCGACUGGGACAGAGGCUACCAGCACACUGCCUACUUCCUACAGUACCUCGAGUUGCGAUUCGGCGAGGGUACCAUCCGCCGGCUGAACGACAAGCUUCGGAAUGACAAGUACAAGGCCGAGUGCUUCUGGCCAGAGCUCUUUGGGCAGUCCGUAGACAAGCUGUUUGGGGACUAUGUCAAAAAGGCCAAGGAUGAAGACGGUGAUCUAUGCUCGCAGUAACCAUGGCGUAGAUGUAUACCAGGAAAGCAUAUGCAACUUUUUAUAUAACGUGGUCCACCAUUGCGCGGCUCACCCAUUGAGUGGCGCACUUUUGCCAGUACAACCACCACUUGACUUCCAGGCGUGUUUAUUCCGCCAAAACGAUGCAGGAUAUUCCGCUGAACACCGAG